AUGGCAUCCACAAAACGUCCGCGCGUUUUCUUCGAUGUUACUGUUGGCGGAGUAAAGGCUGGACGUAUUGUAAUUGAACUUGUGAUCGUCCCUAAGACGGCCGAAAACUUCCGCGCCCUCUGUACUGGUGAGAAGGGACUCGGUACCUCCGGCAAGCCUCUGCACUACAAGGGCUCCAUCUUCCACCGUGUCAUCAAAUCUUUCAUGAUCCAGGGUGGCGACUUCACCAUGGGCAACGGCACGGGCGGGGAGAGCAUCUACGGUGAGAAGUUUGAGGACGAGAAUUUCGACCAGAUCCACGAUCGCCCGUUUCUGUUGAGUAUGGCAAAUGCGGGACCCGGGACAAAUGGGAGUCAAUUUUUCAUCACGACGGUCUCCACGCCGCAUCUGGAUAAGAAGCAUGUGGUGUUUGGGGAAGUUAUUAAUGGGAGGAGUGUUGUAAGGGAGAUUGAGAAUUUGAAGACGCAGAAUGGGGAUAAGCCGUUGCAUGAUGCUACUAUCGUUGAUUGCGGUGAACUCACAGGAGACGCCUACGACCGCGCCACAGAAAAGAUCCCCGACGCAACCGGCGACCCCUACGAAGACUAUCCGGAGGACCAGAAAACUAACUCCACCGAAAUCACGGGCACCGAAAUCCUUUCCAUCGCCUCCGCCCUCAAAGACCUCGGCAACUCAGCCUUCAAAUCCUCAAACCUCGUCCUCGGUCUCCAAAAAUACCAAAAAGCCUUGCGCUACCUGCACGAGCACCCCACACCCCUGGACACUGACCCCGCGGACCUCUUCCCCCAGCUCAACGCCCUCAAAAUAAUCCUCUACUCCAAUUCUUCCUUGCUCCAGAAUAAACUCCGGGAUUUCGAAGCCGCUAACGAAUCCGCAACGAAGGCGCUGGAGAUCGAGGGGAUUAACGAUAAGGACAAAGGGAAGGCGUAUUUCCGCCGUGCACAGGCGAGGAUUGGGAAGAAGAAUGAUGACGAUGCGUUGGAGGACUUAGAGGAGGCGGAGAGGUUGGUGCCCGGGGAUGUGGCGGUUGGGAGGGAGUUGGAGGGCGUGAGGAAGAGGGUUAGGGAGAGGAGAGAGAGGGAGAAGAAGGUCUAUAGGAAUGCUUUUGAUUUUGAUUAA